AUGUAUCUCACACCAACUCUUGAAGGCAUCCCCACUGUCGAGGCCUAUGUCUCGUCCUCAGACGGCUUACAGAUAUAUGCAACUGCGGUCGGACACAAUCAUCUCCCCAGUCUCGUCUUCGUUCAUGGCCUGGCUUGCAGCGCUCUCAUUUGGGCGAGUCUCUUCCAGAACAAAGACCUGCUCAAGCAUUUCUUCCUGGUCGCUUAUGACAUGAGAGGCCACGGUCGAAGUGGAAAGCCUAGCACGGCUGAAGGGCAUCUAUCUUCUUUGUACGCGGAUGAUUUUGCCGCUGUUGUGAAAGAAUUCAAGCUAAAUACCCCAAUUUUCGUCGGUUGGAGCCUUGGAGCAACAGUAGCAGCAGACAUAUUCACCCACCUCGGUCCAGAUGCCAUCUCAGCAAUCAUCUACACAGCGCCUGUUCCCUAUAUGUAUGGGUCGGUCGUCGACGAGGUCUCAACAGACGCUGUUGUAGCCCUGCGUCCAGGAUUGCUGUCUCGCAAUGACACGGCUGCCGCCUUCGCGUCGCGCAUCGCGUUCGUGAACUCGUUUCUCCAAGAGCCAGACAAAGUACCGACCAAAACAUUAUGGUCUUGGGUUGGCGCUACGAUAGUGAUACCCCCGGACGUGUUCCAAUCGAUCCUCUUACGGGAACAGGACCCAAGUGCGUUGCUCGAGGCUGGCCGAAGUGGGUUUCCUGCUCUUUUAAUCACCGGCGGGAAAGAUCAAGACAUUGUCGGAGAAAAGGUUAAGGUAGUAUUAAAGCCUGAUUUCCCUCGCCUGGAGACCUUUGAUAUCCCAGAGGGAGGGCAUGCUAUGUUCUACGAAUUCGAGGAGGAAUAUGUUCGCGAAAUCAUUCGGUUUGCCUCGUCCGUCUUCCGCAUUCGCUCACGUCCAGUUGGAAAGGCCUGA